AUGUUCACGUUUAACGAUAAAGCAUUUCCGGCAACUCUCAGUUUCAUAUCCGGAAAAGGAAUCAUCGGACUUUACGUUUCCAUCGUAUUCGUCAUGUGGACUUUGGUCCGAGGAUUUUUCACCGGAAUCUCAUUUAAAAUCAUGUUUGACGACAUGCCCAACGUCGAUCGCAUUUUGCAGUUAUGCCUCGACAUAUAUUUAGUAAGAGAAAGUAACGAAUUUGCUCUCGAAGAAGAUUUAUUCGCCAAAUUGGUUUUCCUAUAUCGAUCACCGGAAACGAUAAUUAAAUGGACGAAAGAAAGGAGAGAAAUCGAAGACGAUGAAGAUGGCGCCGAUGGUAGUCAAUUACCCUGGGUCGAAAAUUAA